AUGAUCCGACGUCAAAUUCAUAAAAUUCCAGGAUGUAUACAUGGCAUUCCAAGGGCUCCACCAGACAAGAUUUUAGGCCUCACCGAACAGUUCAAUAAGGAUAAAAACCCAAAAAAAACUAACCUUACUGUGGGUAUUUACAAGGAUAAUUGGGGCCAAGUUACCACUUUUCAAAGUGUGGCUAGGGCCCAGAUGAUCCUAGACCAAAGCAUUGAAUUAAAUACUGAUUUGUCGUAUUUGCCCAUCAAAGGCUGUCCUGAUUUCCAACUAAAUGUCCUAAAAUUCUUGUACAGGGAAAGCUGUCCAGAAGGGGCGGAAUCCCUUGAUCAAGGGCGCAUUAGCUUCGUACAAACAUUAUCUGGAACGGGUGCCUUGGCAGUCACUUCGAAGUUCUUAUCGCUCUUUAUGUCAAGAUCGGUUUGGAUUCCAAAACCGUCGUGGCCUAACCAUGCUAAUGUAUUUCAAAACAACGGCUUUGACGACAUUCUCUACUACUCUUACUAUAAGAAUGGCACAUUGGAUGUAGACGGCUGGCUGGAUGACUUAGAAAGAGGAGCUAAAUCGCGAGAUGGACCGCCGCAAUGCAUUGUAUUGCAUGCAUGCUGCCACAAUCCAACAGGUAUAGAUCCAUCGCGUGAACAAUGGCGUCGUAUACUGGAUAAAAUUCACGAACUGAAUAUUAUUCCGAUAAUUGAUAUGGCUUAUCAAGGUCUGGAUACCGGAGAUCUCUAUAAAGACGCGUAUCUACUACGAAUGAGUUUAGAUAAAAAGCGCUACAACUGGAAUAACGGGCUUUUCCUUUGCCAAUCUUUUGCCAAAAAUAUGGGUCUUUAUGGCGAGCGUGUGGGAUCUCUUUCGGUUGUCACACCUGUCCGUCACAAUAGUAAGGAAAUAAAACGCAAUGUGGACUCCCAACUUAAAAAAAUAGUACGAGGAAUGUACUCGUCUCCCCCUGGUUAUGGUUCUAGGGUUGCAAAUGUAGUUCUCUCGACUCCUCAUCUUCGAGAUCUUUGGCAUAAAGACGUCAAAAAUGUCGCCAACAGAUUGCAUUCUGUAAAAGCGAAAAUGGCCGAAAGGCUUGAAUGGGAUUCACUCAAGGACCAAUCACGUCAGCAUGGUAUGUUUCUAUAUACUGGACUCGACAUGCGUAGUGUGGAAACAUUGAGGGAGAAGUACUCUAUAUAUUUGGUACAAGAUGGCCGACUGUCGUUAAGUGGGCUAAACGACUCCAACGUAGACUACGUUUGUGAUGCAUUACAAAGUGUACAUCGUGAGUAG